AUGGGCCAGCCCGGGGCCAACGACAUGGCCAGCGCCGCUGCCUUAGGGAAUUUGGAGAAGGUGAGGGAGCUGCUGGACCAGAGGGCGGACCCCAAUGCAGUCAAUUCCUACGACAGGACGCCGAUCCAGGUCAUGAUGAUGGGAAACACCCAGGUGGCGGAGCUGCUGCUGCAGAGAGGAGCGGAUCCCAACCGCCCGGACCCGCGCACCGGCUCCCUCCCAGUGCACGAUGCGGCGCGAGACGGUUUCCUGGACACCCUUGUGGCGCUGCACCGAGGCGGGGCUCGCUUGGAUCUGCGGGACAAAUCGGGCCGCCUCCCCAUUGACCUAGCUGCAGAGAGCGGGCAUCAGCAAGUGGUCAGCUACCUCCGAGCCCAGCCUGCAAGGAAUGCCGCUCCGCCCCAGGCAUAGGGCCCGGGCGGGUGGCCAGCUCCCUGCGGGGCUCUGCCCUGCUCAGCCACACAAAGCACUGAACUGCAGGCACCAGGUUCGGCUA